CAGGAUGGUGAGGUUGACGCGGAGGAGCUCCAGAGGUGCUUGACCCAGUCUGGUUUCACUGGCAGCUACACUCAUUCCAGAAAUAGCACCAGUGAAGCAAGUCCCACCCAAGAAGAUGGACAAGCCAAGUAGUGCUCAGGAUUUCUUUGCCACAAGGAGGUACAAUGACAACUCCCCAGAGCAACGUACCAAAGAGGAGGGGAUAGUGCAGUGGAUAGGCUGCACAGGGCUCCCAGCAUGAAUUGUUGAAGGUGAGGAGUUCAUCGCCAUGAUGGCAAAAAUGGACAAAAAGUUCAAAGUGCCAAAAAGACAUAAAAUUUUAAACUUGAUUGACAAAAUGUACAAAGAAGAGAAAGAAAAGAUUAAACAAAAACUGGCCACAGCACGCAGAAUAACUACAGGGUUGGAUAUUUGGACUAAAAAGGGGCUUAUAGCAUCCUUCCUGGGAGUCGGCACCUGUUACUUCAAGCCUGAGGACAACACAGCUGAACACAAACUCCUGAACCUGAAGGAGAUGGUUCACCCUCACACCGCAGAGUCGAUUAGUACACUUGUGGAGGAGUCAAUGGAAGAAUGGGGGAUCCCCAGACAGAAGGUCCUCACAACGAUUACUGACAAUGACAGCAAUUUGAGGGCUUCGUUCCACAAACAUGCAGACGUUGCCACAACUUCUGAAGAGGACUCAGAGGCAGAGCAUGACAAUGAUGACUAUGAGCAUCAGGAAGGGGAGAAUGACAGAUACGACUAUGGAGCCAUAGAUUGGACCCCAUGCGCGGUUCACACUGUACAGCUUGUAGUGAAUAUGGUCCAGAUGGAACCCCUAAUCCGAAGGCUGUUGGAGAAAGUGAGGCACUUGGUGAACAAAUUUAGGAAGUCAUCUGUCGCCACAUCUGUUCUUCAGUGCUAAUCGUCCAUCAAGGCCCAAGAUAGCCAAGACAACAAACAUUAGGCAGGAGAUUUUAAAAUAUAAAGAGGGGCUGUCCGAGUCCCACCAGACUGCUGCUACUAGUGCUGAGGUUGAGGAAUCCGGCAUUGGGUAUUGGUUAGCUCAGGGUUCCACUGCAUUUCCAACACUGAAACCUCUGGCCUUGGACCUCCUGGCGAUGCCAGCCUCUCUGGCAUUUACAGAGAGGGUUUUCAGUGUAACUGGUUACCUCUCUUGUGGCCGCAGGAACAGGGCUAGGACCGUUUUGGAAAGAAGCGCUUUCCUCAAAGUAAACAAGCCUAAGUAGUAGUUAAUGGCUGGCCUGAACAGACAUGCAAGAAGCAUGCAUGUACUGUUCAAACACACACACAAACACAGAGCAUUUUAAUAAGCAGCCUUUCCCAUAUCCAUGCAAAAAAAACUCUGCUGCUCUUAAAUUGUUGAUUCUGAUUUGGUUGUGAAGACUUUAUCUGUGUCAGGCACAGAGAAAAGAAAAUCUGAUGUCAAAAAAAUAGCCAAAGAGUAAUGUGUACUGGACAGUUUUGUUUUUUUGUUGUUUGUGACAACCAGUUUUAAAAUAACACACCCAGGAGGUUACAGUUUAUGUAGUUGCUGUUGAGACUGCUGGUUAUUUGGUUCAGUAGUUGACAUAAUUCAGUAUUGUUCUUUUCUGUCAGCGAAUUCCACUGUAUGCAGCCAGUGCUUUCCAUCCCAUUAUAUCUCUCUAAGGUCCAAACCAUUUGUAGUGUUAUUUCUUUUAAUAGUUUUGAUGCAAAAUCUGACUUCAGUUUACAAGCAAUACAAGUAACAAACACACACAUUUUAUUUGCACUUUUUAGUAUGUUAUUGUAGUUCGAGCAUUCAAGCACCUUGUUUCUCUUUGUUAAACUUGAAUGUAUUCAUUUUUUCUGGCAUUGUCAUGUGAUGCUAUUUUAUUUAUUUUAUUUAAAUGUAUGUGUGUGUACUUCUAACAUGUUUGGUUGGUAAAAUAAAUGUACAUUCAAAUCAGAGCGUCUUCCGUGUCUGGAAUGGAUGUAUU